GUUGUAGACCUCUCUCGACAGUUGAAGUCGGCCCAGGAGACCAUACUCACUUUUGACGAUCUCCUUGAGUCUGAGCGCACCAGGACGACGCAGCUGAAAGGGAAGCUAAAAGAUCUUAGUGUACGUUUUGGGUAUACUCACUCAUGUGAGUCUUCUGCAGCCUCUGCUUCCACAUUUCCUUCCAGUCUGAGAUUGUCAGACAACCUGUCUUGUAGUCCCAGGCCCGUGCGCUACCUGAUUCGAUGGAGUAAAGACCUUGUAACAAGCGCUGCUAACGCAUCGCUAAGAACGAUUGACUAUGGCCUUCGCAGCCACACAUAG